AUGGUGAUUGCUACUGGUCGGACGCUCGCAAAGACUCCUGUUCAGAAGAUCACGGUGUUCCUCUCUGGUACACACCACGGCAAUGAAUCUCUAGAGGACCUCUACCGCAGUCAUGAGAUUGGCCAAAUCUCUAAGCUGCCUGGCGGUGAUCUCCGCAUCAAGGUGAAGUCGAAAGAAGCCUGUCUACGUCUCGAGCGUACGAAGGUGAACAUUAUGGGCGGUGUCUACACGUUUAAGGCGUUUAAUGUGCUUGGUGGCAAGUACUUCAUCGACAUCUCCAACAUGGACUCGGACACAGACACCCACUUGAUUCUACAGAGCCUGUUUCUGCUUGGCUGUCAGACCGUCUAUGACACCUUUCGUGAGGUGAACCUAGCGACUGGUAUCACGUCUGCCACUUGGCGCGUGUACUUCUUGACGAAUUCUUGUCCCAGUGCGCUGAUCGUGAACGGCAGCGUCUGCGAUCAGGUGUUGUUUGACAACAAGCUCCACCCAGCUCAUGGGACAACGCCCCGUUCCAGUCGGAACGCAUGCCAUUUGGGUACCGCUCUCACCACGGACUCGACCUGGAAGACCUCGCUCAAAAAGGCAGUUGAGGCGGCCAAGAAACGGGGAGGCCAGCUCCACCAAGGAGCUCAGCAUGAUAACCCAUUGUUGGAUGAUCAGCUCGUAUCUCCUUGGUCCAGCGUCUCGGACGCUCUGUCGGUCUCGACGUUUCGUGGAUCCCACGGAAAAAUCACUCCUCCCGGGAGCCCAAAAGCUCGGAAGACACCUCCGCUUAUGCUGACUAAUAGCGCGAAUGACGGCUUCACGACUGCGACCUCCAGAAAAAAACGCGCUCGCAACGCGAUCGACUUCUUCAACAUGCUGGUGAAGCAAUCGCAGCUUUCAUUAAAUGGUAUUGCCACCAUCAAUUACUUCCAAGCACUCCAGACGAUGGAGGUCCGGUUCGAAUCGACCGACUUGACGGAGGACCCGACACUAGGCGUUCGUCAUCAGGUUUUACCUUUGGGCGUGAAACGUCCUGAUGCACUGCAGACCUCUACCGAGUCCGCUUUCUUCGUUGAGAAACAUCAUACGAAGAUCAAGAAAUCCACUAAGGCAUCGUUUUUGCCUAAAGUGGCCGAGGCCAUGCUUAACGACGAGAACACGGCGCUCCUUAACCUUACCCCCGACUGUAUUGAAGACGCGAACAGCAAGGUAGGCGGUAUGUGCAAGAUUCUCACAAACGCCGCGAACCCCGACUACUUCACCAAGAAGGUGGUCGAGUGCUCUCUCGCCUUCAACAGUGCACUUGCGCUGACGAUGGUAGACGGUGGGUCGGUAAUUGACGAGGUCGCUCAGCUUCAUGCUAUCAACCGCGUGCUGUGCGCGACUAAUCCGACCAAAGACACCACGUUCAACACCAAAUGGAAGAAGCUUAUGGGAACAGCGGUUCCCUCCAAACGAGGUGAGAUCUUCACCCUCUGCGCCAAGUGGUGGACGUUCUCACCCGCCAUUGAAGAGCUGUCUCGUGCGUCGAAGGCCUUGGGCAUGUUCGAGCUCAUGCUCAUGUCCAUUGCCCCAGUUAUCUUUUCCAAUGACCACUGGAUCCAGUACAUCACUGGUCAACCAGUCGAGUGGAUCCCUGCGCAUCAUACGCGGCUUCUCCACCCAAACACCCUCCUCCGUCUUCUGCGGUCCGAGUUGGAUGCUCACUGCAUGUAG